AUGUUUCGAGGGAUCAACGUUGACCGCUUAGAGCUCGAACGAGAGGAGGAGGAGGAGAAGGAGGAGGAGGAGGAGGAGGUCGGAAGCGAUGCGUCCUAUGCGGAAUGGAAGUGGGUGGACAGCCCCUGGCGACCGUCGGGCCCUGCGGCUGCACAGCAUGAUCCGCGAGCUGCUUUCGAGAGAGCGUCACGCGGACAGACUGAGCCGGUCAACAAGAAGCUGCACAGCCUGCAUCAGCAAAGGCUCGUUUGCCUGGUUUUCUUUGAGCGACUGGACGCUGUCCCCUCCAAGGCAGGAGGAGGAUGUCGGCUAUUCUGUUCGCCGUCAGGGCGCAGACUGGUUUCCUGGCUGUCUGCACCGAGCUCAAAACAGACUGAGGCUGGCGUGGGGGACCCUGAGGGCCUGACGUCGGACUUGCAGCGCGAUGCCGGCAGCACAGCAGCAGCAGCAUGA